UCUGCGUCCUGCAAUAUUUUACUUUGAUACGUUAAUUUUGUUAACCAACAUCAGCAUCGUGUGAUCGUUAUAAUUAUUAUCUUUUUAAGACGCAGAACACAAUUAUAAAACGUAUAUACAAAAGGAAUACACGGAGCAAACAACAUAAUUUAUGUGAACGCCAGAGAAAAAACCUAUUUGACAGAUCUAAUAUAUUUUCUUGAAACAGUUACGUUUUAUUAUUGAAAUAACUUUUGAAAUGCUUUCUCGACAAAUAUUUUGGAUAGGAAUGGCGGUCAUUUUAUCUCAGACAGGGCACGUGGCAUCACACGGACGCUUGAUUCAACCGGCACAGAGGUCGUCUGCUUGGAGGUAUGGAUACAAUAACCCGGAAAAUUACAACGAUAACGAACUGUUCUGUGGUGGUUUUGAUGUACAGUGGAACCAAAAUAAUGGUAGAUGUGGUGUAUGUGGUGACCCUUAUAAUGCACAAGUAAAGCCAAACGAAGACGUAAACGGUUUAUACGUCGUUAAUGGCGUCAUCACAGGAAGUUACGUCAAAGGUGGAGUCGUUAAUACGGAAGUAGAAUUAACGGCUUAUCACAAAGGAUGGUUUGAAUUUAGACUUUGCCCUCUCGCAACAACAACAACAAAGGUCACACAAGAAUGUUUGAAUCAGAAUGUUUUGACGGUUGAAGGUACAAACACGACACGAAUACAGUUAGAAGAAAUCAAGACCGGUUUAGGGCCGGGAGUUUAUAUGAUAAAUCUUCAGUUACCAUCCACUAUUACGUGUGAAAGAUGCGUUCUUCAGUGGAAAUACAAUACAGGAAAUAGCUGGAAUUGCGAUUCCGAAGGAUGUGGUUUUGGUCGUGGUCCUCAGGAAAAUUUCGUGAAUUGCGCUGAUAUCCGAAUAAACGACGAAGGAACCGAAACUGCUCCGACUGAAAGUAGUUCCAGUGUCAGCCAAUCAGCUACUAUGACAGCGCUGACGUCAUCGACAACCGUAAUAUCGUCUGCUUCGUCAACUAGUUUAAUGGAAGAAGGAACAACAACAACGACACCAACAGCAACGGAGAUGGAAACAACGGAAUCUCCAACAACAACAACAACAAACGGUGAUGACUUUGAAAUAUGCUCGUCAAGUAUGGCAUGUUUGGCACUAGAGCCAUAUUCAAAUAUUCCAGGCUUUUUACAGUGGUGCUGUAACAACUGCGCUGAAGGUCACUGUCCGGUGACUCACUGUAUAUGUAUAUACACAUAGUCUAUUCGCUGACAUUUCUGUUUAUAAGUAUUUCACAUGUAUCUAUUUUGUUAAAUGCUUUUAAAGCUACAUUUAUUCCCAGUCUUAUUGUUGAACAUAAAAUAUGACAAUAAUAAUCCAUGUUAGAUUUUGUAGUUCAUAUGUGAAACAUGAUAAGUACAGGAACUCUUCACAGUUAAAGCAAUAUGAAAAUAACUUUCCAACUCUUGUCAAAGAAAACUUUGAUAUAACCGAUCAAAUAAAUUGUUUAGAAAGAAGUCAUAUUGAAUUAUUUACAUUUUACAAAGACAAGGUGAACUAGACAAUGUACAUUAGGUAAUAUUUAUUUAUUAAGACUGAAAUGUAGGACCAGAGGGGCUUUUUUGUCAAUAUUUUUAAAUGCAGCGGUGGGCCUUUUAAAUGCUUGUUUUAAGUUUUCGAAAUUAAUGUUUCUUUUGAUGUAUGUCCAAACCAAGGCAUUGUGCAGAUCAUUCGCUCACUCCGUUUCUUUUUUUUUUUUCAAAAUAAUAAUUUUGAUUACGAAAAUUUCACAAAAUUGUAAAGCGUAAAAUGUCGGGCUAUGAAUAGUACAAAAAGAUUUUCAGUUUAUUUCUGAAUAUA